AUGAAGGAGGAUGACGAUCUGAGAUCGAAAAAGGGUCUAACAAUGUUCGGAGGGUUGAAAAAGGUUGCCGGUAUGAUGCACGGCGGUAAAAAGGAGCAGUAUGGGGUAUCUUUUCAGCUUUCUGAUGUGGUAAAAAGCCCUCGAGUACCGAGAUUUCAGGUGCUCGAUGCAUUAGUGAGCCUGUUUUGCCGUUCAAAUAUAUCUGCGGAAACUCUCUGGGAUGGUGGUUGGCUUUUGCGCCAGUUGCUUCCUUACAGUGAAGCAGAGUUUAACAGCCAUCACCUGGAAUUGCUGAAAGUUUCAUACAAGAAUUCUGCUUCUGCGCUUGUAAAGGAGGUUAGAGGUUUCUGGCCUGAUCUUCUUAUUACUGUUCUUCGUAAUGAGUGGAGAAAGUGCAAAAGAGCAAUGGAGUCGUCAUCCCCUCCAAAAGAACCAAAGUGCAUACUUUUUCCACAUCAGAUAUUCUUCUCAGAAGAAGAUAUACCUGAGGGAUCAUCAUUUGCUGCUGGAGAAAGAAUGCAUGAGUUGGUGAAGGUAUUUGUACUUCUGCACCAACUUCAAAUAUUCACUCUAGGCAGAACUUUGCCUGAGCAACCUCUUAUUUAUCCUCCUGGUGAUGUCUCUGCAAAUUCUCGUGCCAAGACUUCUGGAGUUGAUCUGUCGGGCCCAAAGCCAGGCACUGAAGUCAGCCUUGUAAACGCCGUGCCUUGUAGAAUUGCUUUCGAGAGGGGCAAAGAGCGUCAUUUUUGCUUUCUAGCAAUCUCUGUAGGAACAUCUGGGUGGCUUGUGCUUGCAGAAGAGUUGCCUCUGAAGAAGCCGUAUGGAGUUGUUCGGGUUACUGCACCUUUGGCUGGGUGCAAUCCCAGGAUUGAUGAUAAACAUUCAAAAUGGUUACACGUGCGGAUCCGACCAUCCUCUUUACCUGUUCUGGAUCCUGCCAAGUUCAAUGCCUAUGGGAAAUUAAAGACAAAAGCUUUGGUCGAUGGAAGAUGGACAUUGGCGUUCAGGGAUGAGGAGUCUUGCAAGUCUGCUUUGUUAAUGAUUCUUGAAGAGAUUAAUUUUCUCAGUGACGAGGUUCAUACAAGAAUUAAACCUUUGCUCAACCUUGAAACUGCAAUAGAUUUAUCAAGCCCGUCUGUAUGUGAUCCAGAGGAUUCCUCUUCGCAAACAACACCUCCCAAUUCGUUGUAAGUUCUUUGACUUGAUUUACAAUAAUAGCUUGUAUACUCCAGGGGUGGGAAAUUAUUAAGUCUGUCACCCUUCUGUAUAUGCUCCGGAAAUACAUAGCAGAUUUGUAGUUGUAGAUUAGCAACUGUGGUUUAGUGUCAUUCUUUUUCUGUCCUUGCCUUUCCUUUUCCUGAUUUGUAAGUUUAUCCUGUCUUCUCAUUCUUUAGGAGUUCUAACAUAGGCCCCAUUUUUUUCUUUUCUUUUGUAUUACAUAAUUAUGUAGAUCUGUAGCAAAUGUAAAUUUGAGGGAACCCAUAAAGAAAGUUUUUUUCUCCUUGCCCAGACAAAUAUCUGUAUUUUUGUAACGUAUAUUUUUGCUAAUU